AUGAAGACUUCCCUCUUCUUCUUCUUCCUCUGCUGCUCACUGUCUCUCCUCUUCUGUUUCCAUCUUCCCAGGGUUUCAUCGUCUGCUGGUGUUGACCGACUUAAGUUGCCACCAAGAGGUUGGAACUCGUACGAUUCCUUCUGUUGGACGAUUUCUGAGGAUGACUUCUUGACGAGUGCUAAAGUUGUUGCAAAGUAUCUAAAAUCUCAUGGAUAUGAGUAUGUGGUGGUGGAUUACCUUUGGUACAGAAGACUAGUUCCAGGCGCCUACGUUGAGUCUCUUGGGUUCGAUGUGAUCGACCAAUGGGGGAGAAUGGUUCCUGCUCCGGAUCGAUGGCCUUCUGCCAAGUUAGGGAAAGGGUUCACUGAAGUUGCCAAGGAAGUCCAUAGUUUGGGUCUCAAGUUUGGAAUCCAUGUCAUGAGAGGAUUGAGCCGACAAGCAUUUGAUGCUAACACCCCUAUAUUGGACAUUACCACGGGGCGUGCUUACAAAGAAUCCGGUCGAGAAUGGAGGGCUCAAGACAUAGGGAUCAAGGAGAGGAGUUGUGCAUGGAUGCCACAUGGUUUCAUGAGUGUUAACACUUCAUUGCCUGCUGGAAGAGCCUUCUUGAGCUCACUCUAUCACCAGUAUGCCGAGUGGGGUGUUGAUUUCAUUAAGCAUGAUUGCGUAUUUGGUGCUGACUUCAACUUAGAAGAGAUAACAUAUGUCUCGAGGGUGCUGAAGAAGCUCAAUCGACCAAUCUUAUACUCGCUCUCCCCUGGAACUUCUGUCACGCCAACAAUGGCUAAAGAGCUCAAGGGAUUGGCAAACAUGUACAGAGUAACCGCAGAUGAUUGGGAUUCGUGGGCAGAUGUGGCUUCACAUUUUGAUGUUGCAAGGGACUUUGCUAAGGCAGAAAUGGUCCCAGGUGAGGGCUUGCUUGGAAAUUCAUGGCCCGAUUUGGAUAUGCUGCCCUUAGGGUGGCUUACUGAUCAAGGAGUCAAUAGAGGGCCUCAUAGGCAAUGCAACCUUACCCUUGAUGAGCAAAGAACUCAGAUGACUUUGUGGUCGAUGGCAAGGUCUCCGCUCAUGUUUGGAGGAGACGUUAGAAAGAUUGAUAUGACAACUUACAAAUUGAUCACUAAUCCUACUUUGCUGGAGAUAAAUGAUUAUAGCUCCAACAAUAUGGAGUUCCCUUAUGUUACUGGGAAGAUACUGGGUCCAACAAUGAGCCAUCUCACAAGGCAAUCAAGGAUAUCUAUGUUGAAUCGAGGCAGUGAUCAUCAUCAUGCCUGGGGUGUAGGUCUAACGAGUUGCAAGGAUCCCAAUGCAAAUGGUUGGUCGGUUGAAUCUCUUGACCAGUACCAUGAACAGAUCUGCUGGAGGGAGGAGGGAGAGCAGCUAAACCAGGAACCGUUAUGCCUAUACAAGAGGAAACCUCUCUUGGCUUCAACCAAUGAUCAUGUGCUUUAUGGCCAAGAUAGCCGCCAAUUGUUCACGAGUGAUGACGGAGUGAAGUCUUGCUUGGAUGCUUCUCCAAGACACAAAAUUACUUCCAGAGAGUGGAAGAAAAAGCAGCCCUCAUUCUCAACCUGCAAAGGGGAUGCCAAUCAGAUGUGGAAGUUGAGCAGCAAUGCUACUCUCAGGAGCAGUUACUCUGGCCUAUGCGUCAGGGUAAAACAAGUUAAAGCUAAUGAUGUCAGGAUCAGUGGGGUACGAUCCUGGAUUGCGACGGGAAGACGAGGAGAAAUCUAUGUUGCUUUCUUCAACCUCAAUGUUGAGAAGACAUUGAUCUCGGCCAAGUUAUCAGACAUGGCCAAGGUGCUUCCAGGGAGAAACCUGGAACAUAAAGCUGCUUGUAAAGGCCGAGAAGUUUGGAGCGGGCAGCGUUAUGAAGCUGUGGGGGAUCCAUUGGAGAUGGUAGUGGAGAAGCACGGAUGUGCACUCUUUGUCCUGACCUGCAGCUAG